AUGUAUCACUGUGAUAGUUUUGCAGAUUGUCUUCGAUUACUUGAUGGUCGUCUUAAUCAAUUAUCUAUAUCUAUUGUUAUUAUCGUUAAUGUCAAAGAUUUUUCACCAAUGGAAUUCAACUCAAAUAAAGUACUUAAUAUAGAAAGAAAUACUGAUUAUUCAGGAAGUACACCAGUAAGUACUAUUCAUAUGACAGAUGGUGAAGCAACUUGUUGUAUGGGUUGGGCAUGGACAUCAUGUAUAGAUAAAAGAACAAAUCGUAUAACAUUAAAAACAUUUAUUGCAUGGUAUAUUGUUGCAACAUGUGUUGAUAUAAUUAUUACAGUGAUAUUCUAUCUUAUUCUUUAUCAUUGGCAUCGUAUUUAUGUUUAA